AUGGAGAAGCUCAUCUCAAGCAGAAGUGAUUUGCAAGAUGUACCUGAAUCUUUCAUCUUACCCCCGGAAACUAGACCCGGAAAUGCACAAGUUUCUGUAAUGGAGGACAUUCCUGUUAUUGAUUUUCAGCAACUUGGUACAGACAGACCACAGCUGAUUAAGCAAAUCAUAGAUGCUGCCCAAGAAUUUGGAUUCUUCCAGUUGAUCAAUCACGGAGUUCCAGAAAAUUUGUUGCAUGACAUAUUGGAUGUGGCCAAUGAGUUCUUUGAGCUGCCUUCUAUAGAUAAAGCAAGCUUCUGUCCUGGAGAGAAAGGGAAGGUACAUAACUGGAGAGAAAAAUUGAGACACCCUUGUCAUCCAUUAGAGGAACAUCUGCAAGCCUGGCCUCAGAAACCAAUUAAAUACCGAGAGGUGGUUGGAAAUUAUUCGGUGGAGGUGAGGAAGCUGAGUUUGUGUCUUCUGGAUCUGAUCUGUGAAGGAUUGGAACUUGAAUCUGAGUUUUUCAAGAGUGAACUUAGCCAAGUGCAAAUAAUGGGUAUAAGCUAUUACCCACCAUGCCCGGACCCAACAUUAACCUUGGGAUUACUUAAACAUUGUGAUGGAAAUCUCAUAACUGUUCUUCUGCAAGAACAAGUUCAUGGCCUUCAAGUCUUCAAAGAUGAGCAAUGGUUGGCUGUUGAGCCUGUCCCUAAUGCCUUGGUAGUUAACAUAGGCCACACUUUGCAGAUUAUCAGUAAUGGGAAGCUAAGCAGUGCAGAGCACAGAGUUGUGACAAACAGAAAGGUUUCGAGGAUGUCAGUUGCGAGCUUCAUCCAUCCUUCUGGAAACUGCCACAUUGAACCUGCAAAAGCACUUCUUGUUAAGAACUGCAGUACUCCACUCUACAGAGAUUUUAUAUACAAAGACUUUCUUAGCACCUAUAUAACAGAUACCCUAGAGGGAUUACCACCACUUGAGCGGUAUAAGCUCCAGCCUUGA